AUGGUUUGUGUCGCCAUCUACGGAAGAUUUCUCAGACGUAAUGGGCAAUACUCCUGUCAACUCCUCUUUGGCCGAACAAGAUCUGUGCCAAAAGAUUUCACCCAACCAAGGGCAGAAUUGUAUGCUGCAGUUAUCAAUACUCAUACAGGAGAAACCGUAAGACGCGCUUUGAAAAAAUGGCAUCAGUCAUCAAUAAAGUUCACUGACAGCCAAAUCGUUUUACAUUGGAUUGAAAAUGAAGAGAAGCCUCUUAAGCAGUAUGUACGAAACCGAGUUGUAGAGAUUAGAAGAUUCACAAAGAAAAGUCAAUGGUUUUAUGUAAACACCACCAACAUGAUUGCAGAUAUCGGUACCAGGAAAGGGGCAACCAUCAAGGACAUAUCUGAAUCAUCAACGUGGAUCAAUGGAUUUGACUGGAUGCGGGGAGAUCAAUCUCAAUUCCCUGUCCUGAGCGCUAGAGACCUAUGUUUAAAUGAUUCGGAAAUCAAGGAAAUCAGCAAGGAGACUCAAACUUUCUACGUCACCAGGAGGGAAGAUCAAAGAUUUUCAGAGCGAUACUCAUUUUCAAAAUACCUGAUUGACCCAAAUCGCAAGAACUUCCACACUAUUGUUCGAAUACUUGCUUACGUCAUUAAAUUCUGUGAUGCAAUCAAAAACAAGUGCUCAUCAACCAUUAACUUUGUCAAGUCAAUACAUCUCACUGAAGCAGAAAUUCACCUAGCAGAAUCGUAUUUCUUCAAGAAGGCAACUCAGGAGAUUCUGCAUUUCGUCGAACCACGUAAAUACGAACCCAUCUCAACACUAAAGGAUGGAAUUUUGAUUUACAAUGGUCGUAUUCUGUCAAGAAACAAUGCAACAAUUGUUGGAAGAUUCACUGAAGCCAUGUUGGACUUGACUGCAUCAACAUUUUGUGUUCCAUUGGUUGACAAAAAUUCGCCUCUUGCAUUCAGCAUCAUCUAUGAUGUUCACUGGAACAGCAAAUCAAGCAAACAUGCUGGGAUUGAGACAACCAUUAGGGAGGUCUUAAAGAAAGCCUAUGUCAUUGAUUGUCGUCCAUUAGUGAAGAUGAUCAAGAAGUCGUGCAUCAAAUGUCGCCUGAUCAACAAGAAACAAAUUCAAGCCAUUAUGGGCCCGAUUCCUACAUCAAGCAUGACCAUUGCACCUGCGUUCUAUAACACUCAAUUGGAUUUGAGUGGUCCUCAUCAGUCAUUCUCACCAUCUCACAAGAGGACCACAGUCAAGAUCUGGCUUGUUGUGUACUGUUGCUGUUCAACUUCAGCUGUGAUGAUCAACGUAAUGGAUGAUUACUCAUCGACAGCAUUCAUACAAUCCUUCACCCGCUUUUCUACCAGAUAUGGCUUUCCGAAGAAAGUGUUCUGCGAUGAAGGUUCUCAACUCGUUAAAGGAUCAAAGACCAUGAAGCUGAAUUUCACAGAUAUAAAAACACAAAUGUUUCGAGAACGAAGCGUGGAGUUCGAGACAUGCCCUGUCGGUGGCCACAACGUUAAUGGAAAAGUGGAGAGGAAGAUAAAGGAAAUCAAUCAAUCCUUAGAAAAAACAGUCACCAACCAGAGGUUUUCCAUCCUACAGUGGGAGACACUGGCAUCUAUUAUAGCAAACACAAUCAACAACCUUCCGCUUGCUGUUGGCAACGUUGUCGAAGUCGAGAACAUGGAUCUCAUCACCCCUAACAGGCUCAUUCUUGGACGAAAUAACAAUAGAAGCCCUGCUGGAAAUCUAAUUGUUUCUGACAAUCCAUCCAAGCUCCUGAAGACCAACUCAAAAAUUUACGACGCAUGGUUCGAAAAUUGGUUGCUAAGCCACGUUCCAAAACUGAUGCAACAAACCAAAUGGUUUUCACAAGAUAGAAAUCUUCAAGUCGGUGAUGUUGUGUUAUUCACAAAGGUUGAUUCAGCCAUUUCAAAAACCUACACCUACGGAAUGGUAAAGUCGGUCGAGAUUAGUAAUGAUGGUAACGUCAUUAUUUUAUUUUAUUUCUUAUGCUCAUCUGAGAUAAUUGCUGUAAUUUUUUAUUGUCAGCCAUUUUUAUUUCUUAAAGUAUUAAAAAAUAAAAAAUCUAUUAUUAAGACGAUCUCCAAAGAUAUUAUCAAUCAUUGCCCAUUAAUGACAGUUGUAGGUGACGAAACGUGUAAAAAGAGAAAAACAUUAAUGUGA